GCGGCUUGUGGGAUCUUAGUUCCCUCACCAGAGAUUGAACCCAGCCUCUUGGCAGUGAAAGCGCGAAGUCCUAACCACAGGACUGCCAGGGAAGCCCCAAGAUCCUCCUCUUUGGAAAGGAUUUGAAGUCUUGGAAAGAAUUUUGGAUGAAGAUGGCAAGUUCCUCAGGCUUCUGGCUCUCUAGAUGCUUCACUACACUGGUUUUCCUCCAGCUGCCUUUGCUUGUGUCAGCCUUGUCUCCAGGGAGUUUCUCCACAUCAACGGUGGCUCUUGUUGUGAUCCUGCCUGUCCUGGGGAUUUUCAUCAUGGUGGGCCUUUACAUCAUCUGGAAGCAAAGAAGGUCAAAAGAGAAGCUUCUCUAUGAACAUGUGAUGGAGGUAGAAAAUCUUCUCUCAAACCAUGCAAAAGAAAAAGGCCGUGUCUAUAAAGCCCUCAAGAAACUCCGACGUGAACUGAAAUUAAAAAGAGCUGCAGCAAACUCAGGCUGGAGAAGGGCCCGGCUGCACUUUGUGACAGUGACCUUGGACCCAGACACAGCGCAUCCCAAACUCAUCCUGUCUAGGGACCGCAGGUGUGUGAAGCUUGGAGACACAAGGCAGCCUGUGCCCGACAACCCCCAGCGAUUUGACUUCGUCGUCAGCGUCCUGGGCUCCGAGUACUUUGUAGCUGGCUGUCACUACUGGGAGGUGUCUGUGGCAGACAAGACCAAAUGGGCCCUGGGGGUGUGCAGUGAGUCAGUGAGCAGGAAGGGGAAGGUCACUGCCUCGCCUGCCAACGGACACUGGCUCCUGCGACAGAAUCGCGGGAAUGAGUACGAGGCCCUCACAGCCCCGCAGACCUCCUUUCGCCUGAAAGAGCCCCCGCGGUGUGUGGGGAUUUUUCUGGACUAUGAAGCAGGGGUCAUUUCCUUCUACAACGUGACCAACCAGUCCCACAUCUUUACUUUCACCCAUAGUUUCUCUGGCCCCCUUCGCCCUUUCUUUGAACCUUGCCUUCAUGAUGGAGGGAAAAACACAGCACCUCUAAUCAUCUAUUCUGAACUCCAGAAACCGGAAGAAUCAACUGUCCCCAAGUCCGAAGAAAAAGGCCUUGCUAAUGGAGAUAUGGCCCUGCGGGUAGACCCUUUCUUUCUCCCCACUCAGGCACCAGGGCUCGUCCCACUCAAAGAUAUGACCCUGUCCUGGCCCUCUGACAUUGCCCCAGCUCUUCAGGGGCUCAAGGUUCCUUCUUUUUAGGAACGGGCCUCAUCACCUGCUCCUCGGACCCUCCAGCCCAGUGCCCUGGAUUUCAGUCUCCUGGCCCAACACCUAACUCUGGACCGUCUCCUCUCCUUUCCCACAACCCAGACCCCUUUGUGGUUUCUCUUGUACCACCUUUCUCCCAGGGCUCAGUUCUAAACACUGCCUUCCUUCUGGGGACCUGACGUUCCCAUUGCCCUGGAAGAAUUCUUGAAAACCAAAUGUUGGGAUUCCCCAGCGGUCUGGUGUUUAGGACUCUGCACUUUCACUGCUGAUGGCCUGAGUUCAAUCCUUGGUUGGGGAAUUAACAUUCUGCAAGCUGCAAGGUGUGGCAAAAAAAAAAAAAAAGAAAAGAAAAGAAAGAAAAAAUAUCAAAUGAAUAAUCAGAUUAAGUUUAAGUAGUGGCAUUGAAUAUGUGUCACUGAGAUACAGGGGCUCUCGACAGGAAGGGCUGUUUAAAAGCACUUCAUCCAGCCUCAUUCUGUGCUUCGGCGUGCAGUCAUGAAGUUAUGAUGGCCAGUCCUGACUUCUUACUUAUCCCAUCAAGAAUAGCUUUUCUCCUUUUGUCAGUUCAGGCUUCUAGCCCCCAAAACCAGCUUUUUAAAAGUAAACAUAUUUUGCAUCACACACUCUUCCUUCUUUCUUCUGAAAUAUAGGGCAGAAGGCUAGAGGAAUUAAAAAAAAAAAAAGCCACCCUUUUCUAUUUCCGUGAUGCUGUUCACAAUAUAGUUUGGUGACAUGCAGAACUAAUGUACAUGUUUUCAAAGCUAAUUUGGUGAUAACCAGGUAUGGGGACUUUAAACGUGAUAGCCGUAAUCCUGAAAAACCUCAGGAGCACUGUUAGGAAGCUGGGAAGCAUGGCUUCAAAUAGAGCAGCCCAGCUGUGUGUGGCCUUGAAAAGGCAGUGGUGGGUGAGGCCGUCUGUUAUACUGACCCUUUUGAAUCCCCUCUGGAAUUCAAAGAGACCCAGCUAGAAAAAGUGGCAGUUUUAUCCACCAGUGUAGAAGCUUUUUUCCCAUUAUAUUGGAAGACUUGACUAUUUGU